GGACAAACACCGUGUUUUCUUGCUCACAGGAAGGACAGGAGACGUUACGACGCUGCUGCGGCUGCUGUUGGAGUUUGUGCUGACAGACUUUCUUUGGUGGAGCAAAUCCCGGAGAAACAAACAUGAGUCACGUCGACGUGAAAAACCUGAAGCCCACCAGCUUUGAGGAGGAGUACUACGACCAGUACGAGUAUUACAACCUGACUGAUAAAUACGCAGAAGGUUCCGCCCGUAAAGGCAGGACCAAGAAGGAGGCCAGUGACAACACCAACAGACACAGCCCGUCCGGACAUGAGCGCAAGAUAGUGGAGAAACUGCAGAACAGCGAGAAGAAGGCCAAAGAGUGAAUUCUGAGGGCGACUCGGACGGCUUAUCCUGGAAACCGACCACGGCCUCCUUGGUGACGGAACAGACGUACAGACGGCAGGGGCGUCCUGAGCUCCGACGGCGAGGUUUCACCUGGGCGUGAAGAGGAGCCCGCAGAUCCAGAUGUUGAUGCUGCUGCGGCCUCUGCAGUGAGCUCGCUGACAGGCAGCACACUGUGGCUCCUCCGCCUGAAGGUGUUGGAAAGCACCCACCUGUGCUGGGUGUACCUGCUCAGACCAUGAUGGUGCACAUGUGGUGGUGGUGGUGGGUGAUUUUGAUGCGUUUUAAAGUUUUUGAUGGAUUUUUGGAAGUAUUUUUACUAAUAAAACUCUUUAAAUUACA